UGUAGCAGCGUCUUCUCCCUCAUUUUCUAUCCCAGUAUAUUAUUUUCCAUGACGAUAAGAAGAUCUGUGUGUCGGUUGCGAGAUCACCGAUCGGAGGAGCGACCCUCCGGUCGGUCGGAGCUGCUCCUCGAACAGCACCAAGAUCACUGUGAGGAACGGCGACUGCGAUCAGUAUGCGCGGCCGGUCUGCCGUCCCUCUGCGGGCGAACGCGGCGAAGGUUGGAGAAGAGAAUGUAAGAUGGGCGGGGGAGACAGUUCAGGUUGGUCAGGAUCGAGGAUCCUGUCGGUCUUUCGUGUGCGUUCGAACGCAGUCAAUCGGGUCCGGCCGAUUCUCUCGGACGUCUCUCGCGGUUCGGAGCGGUCGCGGUCUCGUUCAGCUUGUAGCUCAGGCCCGCGAUUGUCGAGCGCUCUGCAAAUCGGUCAUCAGGAUGCGCAAGCCGGCGGUCUUCAACGUGUCAUCUGGUGAUGCGGACCUUAUGACGAAGAACAAGCACCGGUACCGGUGGCGUCUGCUCGUAUGCGGCGUCGUCAUCAUAGUCGUACUGGCCCUGGUGAUCGCGGCGGCGAUCCUCCUCACCGGGCGUCCGAAUUCCGCCGCGUCGUCCAGGACGAACGACGUGGCCGGGAUCUCUCUGGAGCAAUGGCUCUCCGGCUCGUUAUCCCCGAAAAGCUUCAACGGCACGUGGAUUAGCGGAGACGAGAUCUUCUAUCGGGACGAGAUCGGCAAUUUGUUGAUCUAUAACGUCAGCUCGGCCUCAUCCAGGAUACUGUUGGAUUUCAACAAUGCCGCUGCGCUAUCGAGCUUCGAUCACCGAUUAUCUGCUGACCGGAAGUACCUGCUGCUCGCGCUUAAUUAUCAGAAGCUGUACCGCCACACGUACCUGGCCCAUUACAGGAUCGUGAACCUGGAGACCCUAGCGGAGACGGUACUGGCGGCGAACGAGUCGACGCCGUUGCAGCUCGCGACCUGGGCACCACAUGGCAAUGCUCUGAUCUACGUGUAUCAGAACAACAUUUACUACAGGCCACAAGCGGAAGUGGCCAAUGACUACCAAAUCACCGACACCGGCGUGUUCGGGAGCAUCUACAACGGAGUACCGGACUGGGUGUACGAGGAGGAAGUAUUCAGCUCAAACGAGGCGCUUUGGUUUUCUCCGAGCGGUACCAAAUUAGCCUUUGGCUACUUUGAUGAUUCGAGCACUCCUGUGAUGACUAUACCGUUUUACGGAUAUCCCGGGAGCCUAACCUUCCAGUACACCUCGGCAAUACCGAUUCAUUAUCCCAAGAGCGGUACGACGAACCCGACGGUCAAGCUGUUUUGCGUCGAUCUCGAUAUGGUGGUGCAGGGUAACGUGACUUUGGUGGAGAUCGAACAUCCGCCGGAGCUGUCCGCCAGCGAGAGGAUCCUGUCGGCGGUGAACUUCCCCACGGACGAGCUCGUGUACGCGACUUGGAUGAACCGGGUGCAGAACAGGGCGUACUUCCAGCUGUGCGACGUCGACAACCUGCUGCCGAAUUGCACGACAGCGCUCUCAUAUAGCGAGAAAAAUGGCUGGGUCGAGCAGUUCGAGGCACCUAAGUUCAGUGAGGACGGCACGUCGUUCCUGCUGAUAUUACCACAGAGACAGAAGGACGGCAGCAAUUGGCGGCACGUUGUACUAGUUACGAAUGCAACCAGCGGCAGCCCGACCACCACCGCCAUCACAUCCGGCUACUUCGUCGUGACGGAAAUAGUCUCGUGGGACCAGGAGGACUCGUAUCUGACUUUUGCAUUAAAAAAAAUAAGUCUUUGGUUUUACAUGUAUCCGCUUCCAUCGGACGGGGAACUAUUGUGUAUGCGCGCGGUAUUCAUUGUAUCCAUGCUCGAUACCACGAAUCUUCGAGUACGAGAUAUUCGUUCUCUUGCCGGGCGCUCAUCCCGGCUCUCGCAGUUCGGAAAGAUAGCGGCCAUGCGAAAUGGCUCGGAAGUAAUUUGUGAAGUGAAAGCAGAACUCUGCGACGACGGCGGUGGCGGCGGCGGCGAAGCUGGAAAGUUGCGAUCUGUCGCGCAUAUAUUAAUUAAACGUGCGCUUUUAUGCUUUCAGAAUUCCACGUUGCUCUUCGUGUGGGAGGACAACAACGCGGUGACCGAGAUGAUUGCCGAGAAAUCGCAGCCGAUCGUCCACAGAUACAAAAUCCCAGUUACUGGUGGCUUUAGCGCCCAGGUGAGGCUCCUGAUACCGCCCGGUGCUGAUCUGAGCGGUGCCAUCAAGUAUCCAAUGCUGGUUUACGUGUACGGCGGUCCAGACUCAUAUCAGGUGACGGAGAAAUUUAACAUCGACUGGGGCACGUAUCUCGUGACGAACAAAAGCAUCAUAUACGCCGCCAUCGACGGCCGCGGCUCCGGAUUAAUGGGCAACGACAUGCUGUUCGCCGGAUACCGGCAUCUUGGCACCGUCGAGAUCAUCGAUCAGAUCAACGUCACCAGACAUCUGCAGAACAAGUUACCCUUCAUCGAUCGCGCCAGAACGGCGAUAUGGGGCUGGAGCUACGGUGGAUACGCGACCGGCAUGACACUCGCCAUGGACUUGAAAGGUGUCUUUAAGUGCGGCAUGUCCGUCGCGCCCGUUACGGAUUGGGCCCUUUACGAUUCGAUUUACACCGAGCGGUUUAUGGGUCUGCCAACCGUCGCCGACAAUCUGCAGGGCUACGAGCAGGGCCAGCUGCUCAACAAAGUCGACAACAUCAAGAACAAGAUGUAUUACCUAAUACACGGCACUCUUGACGACAACGUGCACUAUCAGCAGUCGCUUAUGCUCGCGAAAGUCCUGGAACAGAAGGACAUCCUUUUCAGACAGCAGACCUACACGGACGAGGACCACGGUAUCGCCCAGUCGCGGGCGCACCUGUACCAUUCCCUGGAGAACUUCCUGGACGAGUGCUUUCAGACGUUGUCAUGAUCGGAGCACAGGAUAGUGAUGACAAUCUAGACGCCGUACACCACCUGCCUCACACACUUACCACUUGUAAAUACUCUAUCACGUGUACAUAGUCUAUGUACGAUAUGUAAUAUGAGCGUUUAGAGAGAGAGCGAGAGAAAGCAAGAGAGAAAGAAAGAAAUUGUACAUAAUGUAGGAAGAGGUUGCCCUGAAAAGACAUGAAUGAGGGAGCAAGGUGGAACAAUUUUAGGCACACCGGUCGUCGCGAGACUACGCAGAGCAGGUCUGUGAAAAAACAUCUUUGAUACGUUUUUUAAGGUAGCCGAUCAAACGGAGCAUCGUGCAAGGCCUAAUGACGGCGAGGGUCUUUGUCGCUCUCGUCGUUCCGACUCCACAAAGUACUAGAGUGUAUUCUUUAUCGCGCGCGCGUUGCAGCUCGUACUUACUGUACAGUGUAUUUGGCAGAUUGCGUUUUUGUUCCUUCACGUAAAUUUCGUGUUUCACUGCUUGUGGACUCCUCGUGUUCCUCGGGUGGCCAAACGUGCCGUGAUGUUAAAUUCAAGUCACCGUGAAAGAAUGGGAAAUAUUUCAGAAUUUUUUAAUUUUUCAUUUCUCUAGAAGGCGUUAUUUUAUGAAUCUGUAAUGUUAUAUCGAGUGUAGCUGUUUCGUUGAAAUAUUCCUAAGAUGCUGAACAUAUACUUGAUAUGAUAUUAAUAAUAACAGAAAAAUUAAUUAGGAAACUAAUCGCGAUUUUCAGUAUUUGCUGCCUAAAGCUUCUGUUAUUCAAGAGGAAUCUUUUUCAAUUAAAUUUAUCGAAAAAAUUUGGCCACUGAUGGAAUACUAAUCUGUUCCAUUUUAUAAUUAUAGAUUGCUUUUAUUCAAUUCUUUAGUGAUGUAUCCGCAGCUGUUUUGAUGUAACGUUAGAUUAGGUUGACAUAUAUAUGAUAUAUAAAUAUGUUCACAUAUAUGAGUUCAGUUUAUCUAGACUUUUAAAAUAUUUAGAAAAACGGAAAUGAGAUGUGUUAUCAGGCUUGAAAGACUUUUUUAGAAGUUGACAGAAUUUAGCGUAGAAAAAUAUAAUUGAUCUAAUUGAUGAAAUAUAAUAAAAGUAAUCUUUUAUAUUAAAAAACGUUUCACUUUUGGGGUUUUACUCUUAAUGAGACAAAUAUACACAAUAUUGAACAAUCUACUAUUUUAAAAAGCAAGAAUAUACGUCUAUGCGGCAUUCUUAAGUUUAAGCUGCUGACGUGUAUAAAUUAUUCUCUCAUUCACAAGUAAUUGUCGGUUUAUCAAACAUAAUCUGAUCAAAUUAAGAGAGAUACGAUACUGCGUACCGUAUACUGCAUUCACUUCUCGACAAUAAUAUUACCGACGAUGUACUAAAGUAACAAUUAUUAUGGUCUAUUAUUCGACUAUUAUUAUGGCUAUUAUUCGACGCAACAUGUAAAUUAUUCACGUUUGUAUUUGGAAUAUAUGUAUCUAAAUAUUUAUCAUGCACCAAUUCAGCUUUCGAUUACGUAUUUACAACUGAUAUUCCAAAUGCACUGAGUGAUAUUACAUUUCGUGCAUAAAUGAAUUUUCUGAACUCAUAUAUGUUAUCUUAAGGCUCUGGAAUACUCAGCAAAAAAUUCUUACUUCUUACUUUAAAGAGGAGUAAAUUGAUAUAAAUUAUUCUAAUUAACAAUCAUGUAACGUAAUUGUACUAAUGGAAACAAAUUGCGCUAAUGGGAAACAAAAUAAGAAGUUAUUACAGAGGCAAUUUUGACAAUGGAAGUUUACGACAUUCGCCGACAAUGUAAGCAAUUAAAAUGUAGAAACAAAAAUGGUGCACAUAUGCACAAAAAGUGGGAUUGAUCUAAUUAAUUUUUUAGGUGGAUUUUAUAUUUAGGAUUGCAUUUAAAGCGUUACAAACUAUUUUCACAGUAAUGUUUUAUCAAUCAUUGUGACAUUCGUAAUUUUGAGAAAAGUGCGUGAAACAGGAUACGCUGAACGCUCAAGAUGACUCCUGCUUUCAGAAUUAACAAACGUACGUGUACGUAAAAGCAAUGUUUUGUAACGAUCUACGUAGUUAGGUAACGUCAUAUUAUUUUUUGUAUCUGAACAAACCGCGUUGCAAUCGUCUUUUGAAAGAAGUAUUUCGCUAUAAAAAUAUGUACAAAGAGGCAUUCCCGUAAAAGAAGGAAAAAAACCCGUAUAUUAAUAAAAGUUAUAUAUACGCAAGUUAAUGAAAUGUAAUGUUUUUUAUAAAGCAUAUGCUAGCUAUAUACUGUCGAAUGUAUAAUGUUCGAAAGUAUAAGGGUCGUUUGAUAUGUAGCAACAUUGUUAUAAGGACGUUGAGACUUAUCUUAUUUUAAUACAUAGAUUAUUCCAAGCGAAGCGUGUACUGAUCACGAAAUCCUAUCUUUCAAAAUCUUUGCGAUCGAUUUUACCGCAGUAGAACAGCAUAUUGUACAAGCUGAAGCAUCAUAGUGUCUCAAUAUUGCCGACGUCAAUAUUGAAUUAUAAUUAAAUAAUUUACAAUAAAUUUGAGAUACAUGACGAAUUUGUUCAAUGAGUCUUUACUGUAAUUUUCCAUGCUUGAAUGCUGCGCAAUAAAAUCCUACGAUAAAGUCGAUUCAAAGGUUUUGCGAGAUAAGCAAAUCUUGCGAGGGCAAGCUUCUCAAUUUAUUGAAUUGAAUUGCUCGAAGGAGCAGGAUAUCGCGCGUUAACGUCUCAUGUAUAUCAAAUAUUGCGUGUCUCAGUUUAAAAUAUUCGUUCCCCCCUAUUUUUAACGCUUGUACUGCGUGGGUAUACCAGAGUGUUAAGAAAGUGCAAUUACACCGCUUUAUAUACCGUAUUUCCAUAGUUGCGUAACGAGUCUGUGUCAAGUUCGGUGAUUACGUUGUUCGACAACACUUUCCUUAACACGAGAUAGCAUAUCUAUUUCUUAUUAUUGUUAGAGUAUGGGCAAAUAUUAGUGCCAAUGUGUAAAAUGCACAGAUAGGAUAAGUGAGGAACUAUCGACAAACUUUUCCGACUAUUAUUAAAGUUUUUUAAUGCAAGGACCACUGUAACGACUUCGAGGGUGGAUCAAGAUGAAUUUAUUAAGGUAAUUGUUAACUUUUAUCCCGACACACGUAAUGUACAUACAGGAUUACUUAAUUGAACACUUUAACUGAGAUAACAGAGCAUUGUUAGGAAGAAGAUAUUGUAACGAUGACCCGGUAGAGGAAUGAAAUUAUGACAGAUGUACUCUCUUCACCACUAUUUGUUGAGUGUAUUAUUAAUAAAGUUCUAUGUUUUA